AUGUCCAAACUCGCUGCACCAUCCGAGUCGAGUAGAUCUACGCGGUCGAGAUCCUCGUCCUCCUCGUCCAGCACCGAGCCAGGCACCCAGUCACAGCGUCCAUAUAGGCUUGGGUCUUUCCGGCGGUCUAGCUCCCGGCACAGCACGGCACAGAUUGACAGGGUUCAUUCGGGAAAACAUCUGGAUGAUCAGUCCGUGUAUCACAGUGACCAUGCGCUAGAGACGGACUCUGAUGAAGAUGGGGAGAAGAGCGCCGAUCCAGUUGUGGAAGUUCGCGGUGGGAUUGUGAAUGAGCGAGAUCGCGAUCUGGAAGCCGCUGGCCCGCCGCCGGCGCCGGCGCUGGAGAAAUCCAGGACGGCACGCUCUGAAAAUGAUCCUAAGCUGGUGACCUGGAAUGGUCCCGACGACCCUGACAAUCCGAAGAACUGGCCAAUGAAGAAGAAGUGGGCGGCCGUGGUCACGGUAUCAUGCUUCACUUUCAUCUCGCCGGUGUCGUCGUCGAUGGUGGCACCCGCGUUGACGGCGAUCGGGUCGGAUUUUCAUAUCACGGACGAGGUGACCCUCAGCAUGACGUUGUCGGUGUUUGUGCUGGCGUACGCGGUCGGCCCGCUGUUCCUGGGUCCGCUGUCGGAGAUCUAUGGGCGGGUGAUUGUGCUGCAACUCGCCAACCUGUUUUACCUCGUCUUCAACAUCUGCUGCGGCUUCUCGAGAAACAAGGCCCAGAUGAUUGUCUUCCGAUUUUUGGCCGGCCUGGGCGGAAGUGCCCCUUUGGCAAUUGGCGGUGGUGUACUCUCCGACUGCUUUAAACCCGAAGAGCGAGGCAAAAGUGUUGCUAUCUACAGUCUGGCUCCACUCCUCGGUCCAGCCGUCGGCCCCAUUGCAGGUGGAUUCAUCGCCGAAAACACCACAUGGCGCUGGGUGUUCUACGCAACCUCCAUCUCUGACGCCAUGAUACAAAUUGCCGGUCUAUUCUUUCUCCGCGAGACCUACGCCCCGGUGAUUCUACGCAAACGCGCCCAACGUUUGCGUAAAGAGACCUCCGACGAAGCCUACCAGACAGAACACGAACGCGCCAACCGCACGCUCGGCGAAGUGAUGCGGAGCGCUUUGAUGCGUCCGUUCCGACUCCUGGGUACGCAGCCCAUCGUGCAAUUGCUGGCUCUGUACCUGGCCUACAUCUACGGAACCAUGUACCUCGUGCUCGCGACGUUCCCGACUCUGUGGACCAGCCCGGAGUACUACCACGAAUCCACCGGCAUCGGCGGGCUGAACUACAUCUCGCUCGGCUUGGGCUUCUGGCUGGGCUCGCAGCUCUGCGCCCCGCUCAACGACCGCAUCUACCGCCGCCUCAAAGCCCGCAGCGGCGGCGUCGGGCAGCCCGAAUUCCGCGUCCCGCUGCUGUACCUCGGCGCCGUGCUCGUCCCCGCCGGGCUGUUCAUCUACGGCUGGACGGCCGAGACGCACCGCCACUGGAUCGCGCCCAACAUCGGCGCGAUGCUGUACGGGCUGGGCAACAUCAUCACCUUCCAGUGCGUGCAGACCUACAUCGUCGACUCGUACACGCGCUUCGCGGCCAGUGCCCUGGCCGCCGUGGCCUGCAUGCGCUCGCUCGCCGGCUUCGGGUUCCCACUGUUUGCGAGCUACAUGUACCAGGCGCUCGGGUAUGGGUGGGGCAAUAGCCUGCUGGCGUUUGUGUCGAUCGGGCUGGGGAUCCCUGCCCCGCUUUUGUUGUGGCGGUUCGGGGAGCGGCUGCGGAAGAUGAGUCCUUAUGCGGCUGGGUGA